GUAACGUUCAGGAUGAAACGACUGACGAAAAUGAGAGAAAUGCGUUUCUUUGCUGAAUGAAUCUACCUUUGGAUGGGUGAUAAUUAACGAUAAUUGCUCGUCAAAUGUCAGAGGAUAUUUGCUGUUGAGACUGGAAGACACAGCGGUGGAUUCAUGCUCAAAACACGGACGCUGCUUCCUCCUUCCUCCUCAGCAGGAUUGACGGCUGGCCUGACAUCAUUGGCUGCUCGUUGGGCUUGAAUCAUCGCCUCCAUCAGGGGGUGAGGGGGGUGGGGUGGGGGGGUUCAGGGAUGCUGUCACUGUCACUGCUCCCUUAAUAUACCACGCACAACCCCACACGUACACAAACCCACCCAGCCGGAGUGUCUUUUUUUCUUUUUUUCUUUGACAUCACCAAACAGCUAAAUUCUCUGGAGCCAGCCAUGGAGGAGAUCCUGCGAAAGCUGCAGAAAGACGCGUCCGGCCACAAGCACAAAGCUAUCCGCGAUGCCUGCGUCUACGCCCGCGAAACCCUCGAGUCGCAGAAUGGAUCAGCAAAGAUUUCCCCUUCACAGCUUCGAGAGCGCUGUCUGCUGCCUCUACAGAUGGCUCUCGAGUCUAAAAACACCAAACUGGGACAGGCGGCUCUUACUGGCAUGCAGAAGCUCCUGUGUGAGGACAGGUUUGUGGGUGGAGUCAGCAUGGAGGUGGAGGUCCUGGAGAAGCAGCUGCUCAGUCAGAUGUUGGAAGCCAUUAGAAUAACCCCAUCCCUCCAUGAAGACCUGCAGGUGGAGGUCAUGAAGGUCCUGCUGUGUAUCACAUAUUCACCAAACUUUGACAUUAACGGAGACUCCAUUCUGAGGAUUGCUGAGGUGUGCAUCGAGACCUAUGUGUCCAGCUGUCACCAGCGCAGCAUCAACACGGCAGUCAGAGCCACGUUGAGCCAAAUACUGGGAGACCUGACACUACAGCUGCGACACAGACAAGAGGGUGCUGAUGGAGACGAGGUGAUUGCACCACCCCUGCACAGAAGAGAUAUUUCUCCAACCAGCCAGGCCCUGUGUGAAGAUGUGGUUACCGUUCUGUCAGUUUUCUGUGAAAAGUUGGAGUCUGUAGACAGUGGAAACCAGCUCCUACAACUCCUCUACUUGGAGUGCAUCCUCUCCAUGCUCAGCAGCUGUCCUCCCACAAUGCACCUGUCCAGAGGUUUUACAGACCUUGUAUGGAAGCAGCUGUGUCCAUCCCUUGUUGCAAUCAUGGGAAAUCCUGUCAAUGACAAAACCAUCGCUUCCAACCACGGCUACAUGGGGACGCCAGACAGAGAACGCCGCUCAGACAGACUCAGUCUAGGGAUCAGCCAUGAGCUGGACUCCUCCAGUGGAGGGGUAUCUGAUCAAGGCAGAGGGUCAGGCUGCUCCUCUAGCGCCCCUGCCAGGAUUGCGCCUGUAGUGCGGACUGUGUGUUACAUCGCCGCCGAGCUUGUUCGUCUCGUGAGCUGCGUGGAGUCGAUGAAACCAGUGCUGCAGUCGCUCUACCACAGGAUCCUGCUGUACCCGCCUCCUCAGCACCGCACCGAGGCCAUCCGCAUCAUGAAGGAGAUUCUGGGCAGCCCUCAGCGGCUGUACGACCUGGCCGGUCCAUGUGUGGCUGAGCCUGAAACCAGGAAGCGCUCCUUCUCAAAGAGGAAAUCCCACCUUGACCUUCUCAAACUAGUGAUGGAUGGGAUGACAGAGGCCUGUAUGAAGGGAGGCAUAGAGGCGUGUUACUCCUCCGUCUCCUGUGCCUGUGCUCUCCUCGGGGCGCUGGAUGAACUGUCCCAGGGACGCGGCAUCCAGCCUGAGCAGGCUCGGCUUCUCCUCAAACGGCUGGAGGACCUAAAAGAUGGAACAGAGUCCACGCGGGAGUCCAUGGAGAUCAAUGAGGCUGACUUCAGGUGGCAGAGACACAUCCUCGCCUCGGAGCAGGCUCCCUGGGACCCCAGCUCUUCUUCCUCCAACAUGGCAACCAGCAAGGCCACUGAGCGCAGCCCCGACAUCAGCAUCAGCAUCACCACAGAAACAGGCCAAACCACCCUGGACGCGGAGGUGGGGCCGGGUCACACCACUCCUGAGGAGUGUGGAGACACAAACCUCCCCUCACCCUCGUCCUGCGGCGGCCACGUGGGGACCAGACCCGAGCGGAGCCUGGAGCCGGGUCAGGGGAUCCAAAUGGAGGAGGUGGUGGGUGCAGUGGAAGUUGAGGGGAGAGGAGAGAAACAGAGAGCUGGUGGAGGAGGAGAGAGGGGAGGUGUGGUUCCUCCAGAUGUGGUGCAGCGCAGUCACGCUCUCGUCUACCCCGACAUCACCAACUUUCUGUCUGUGGAGUCCAGGGCCAGGUCUCACCACGGGGGAGGGUCUCGAUACAGCGAGAGCAACUUCAGUAUGGAGGAGCAGGACUUGUCUCGGACAGAAUUCGACUCGUGUGACCAGUACUCCAUGGCUGCUGAGAAAGACUCGGGGCGCUCCGACGUGUCUGACAUCGGCUCCGAUAACGUUUCGUUGGCUGACGAGGAGCAGCAGACCCCUCGCGACUGUCUGGGUCACCGCUCCCUGCGCACCGCCGCCCUGUCGCUCAAACUGCUGCGCAACCAGGAGGCCGACCAGCAGAGUGCGAGGCUGUUCUUCCAGUCACUCACGGUGCUGCUGCCCCGGCUGCUGGGAUUAGCCACCGCCGCUGAUGUGGACCAGUCGCUGCAGAACUUCUCCUCCACCUUCUGCUCAGGCCUACAGGCUGGCGGGAUCCACUCUCCGGGGUUCGAGGCAGGUGACACUCUGAGCUGUCAGUCUCUGAUGAACGCAGAUGGACUCUACUUGGUGUCGUACUACGCUCUGCUGCUCAAUCUCAAACUUUGCUGCUGCGACUACUACAGACGACGAACGCUCACACCCGUCCUCAGCCUGAAGGAGUUUGUGCGUCUGAUCCAAAGCAGCGGAGUCCUCGUGGUUCUGUCUCAGGCCUGGAUCGAGGAGCUCUACCACCAAGUGUUGGAGCGCAACCUGCUGGCCGAGGCGGGGUACUGGGGCUCACCGGAGGAGCACACACUUCCACUGAUCACCAUGCUAACAGAUAUCGACGGUCUGGGCAGCAGCGCGAUCGGAGGUCAGCUGAUAAGGAGGGCGUCCAGCCGCUCACCACUCAGCUGUGACAAAGCUGGCAGUGACACUGGGAUGGCAGGAGCAGUUUUCUCUCGUUUCAUCCUCACUGGCGUGUGGAAGAACCUGAUCGAUGUGUUGUCCACUCCCCUAACGGGCCGCAUGGCGGGCAGCUCGAAGGGCCUGGCCUUCAUCCUGGGAGCGGAGGGGGUCAAAGAGCAGAGUCAGAGGGAGAGAGACACCAUCUGUCUGAGUUUAGACGGGCUACGGAAAGCCGCCGCGCUCAGCUGCAGUUUGGGUGUGGCUGCAAACUGUGCAUCGGCUUUAGCCCAGAUGGCCGCCGCCUCCUGUGUGCAGGAGGAGAAGGAGGAGAAGGAAGUGGGCGAGACCGGAGACGCCAUCACACAAGUAAAACAGCGUGUUGAGCAGCGUCUGGAGCAGAUUGGUCGUCCUCACGGAGUUCGCCUGCACACCGCCCAUGUGUUGUGUAUGGACGCCAUCCUGAAUGUUGGACUUGAAAUGGGCAGCCACAACCACGACUGCUGGCCACAUGUCUUCAGGGUAACGGAGUACAUCAGCUCACUGGAGCACACCCACUUCAGCGACGGCUCCACACAGUCGUCCUCUCUGACCACCAUCACCCAGCAGAGCCAGCAUGCAGCGGGCAUAGAUCUGGGACUGGAGCUGAGCUGUGAGCCCAGCCCGGAGGCCUCCGAGCUGGGUCUGAGCCAGCCGGUCAUCCAGCCUCUGUCCAUCAAGGAGCUGCUGAGGGAGAGCAGCAGAGGAGGCCGAGGUCUGGACCUGAAGACCGGCAGCCUGAUGACCGGGACCAGUGCUGCCAAGGCUGUGUGCACGUUGUCAACACAGGCCGACAGGUUGUUUGAAGAAGCAGCUACCAAGCUGAACCUGGUGGGUCUGGUCGGCUUCCUGCAGCAGCUCAGGAGAGCUUCUCAGUGUCAGCUGUUCGACUCUGUCACUGAGACCGGAGACUACUCGCUGGCAAUGCCAGGGGAGGCCAAGUCGACGCUGGACCGCCGCAGCGCUCUCCAUCUCUUCCGCCUGGGAGAGGCCAUGCUGCGGAUCGUCAGGAACAAGAACCGACCUCUGCUGCACAUGAUGAGGGCCUGGAGCGUGGUGGCUCCUCAUCUGGUGGAGGCGGCAUGUCACAAAGAGCGCCAUGUUUCCCAGAAGGCCGUUUCCUUCAUCCACGAUGUUCUGACAGAGGUGCUGACGAGCUGGGCGGAGCUUUCUCACUUCCACUUUAACGAAGCGCUGUUCAGGCCCUUUGAGCACAUCAUGCAGCUGGAGCUCUGUGAUGAAGAUGUGCAGGAUCAGGUAAUAACGUCGAUAGGCGAGCUGGUGGAGAUGUGUUCCCCUCAGAUCCUGUCAGGAUGGAGGCCUCUGUUCAGCGCUCUGAGGACCGUCCACAGCAGCAAGACCGACACCAAAGAAUACCUACUGGGGGAUUACUCUAUGGGGAAGUCCCAGGCUCCAGUGUUCGACGUCUUCGAGGCUUUCAUCAACACUGACAACAUCCAGGUUUUUGCCAACGCUGCCACUGACUACAUCAUGUGUCUCAUGAAGUUCGUCAAGGGCUUAGGAGAGGUGGACUAUAAGGAGAUUGGAGACUGUAUCCACGUGUCGGGUUACAGCUCCACUGACCUCUGCUUACCCGCUCUCGACUAUCUUCGAAAAUGUUCCCAGCUACUUGCGAAGAUUUACAAGAUGCCAUCCAAGCCGGUGUUCUUGGGGGCGCGGCUUGCCAGCCUGCCAAUGAGAUGCCAGGAACGCUCCAUCAGUACUGAGGACGGGAUGGACUGUGUCCUGCAGGAGUUUGACGAUGACACAGGUCUGAUCCAGGUGUGGAUUUUGUUAUUGGAGCAGCUUACAGCAGCCGUGUCAAACUGCCCACGCCAACAUCAACCUCCAACUCUAGAGCUGCUCUUCACUCUGCUCAGAGAGGUCACGACUGUACCAGGUCCCGGGUUCGGCAUCUUCUCGGUCAUUCAGCUGCUGCUUCCUGUGAUGGCACUGUGGCUGCAGCGUAGCCAUGGCGACCACUCCUACUGGGAUGUGGCGGCUGCAAACUUCAAACACGCCAUUGGCCUGUGCUGCGAGCUGGUGGUGGAGCACAUCAACAGUUUCAUCCACUCAGAUAUUGGUUACGAGUCUUUGAUCAACCUGAUGCUGAAGGAUCUGUUUAAGCUGCUGGUGGCGAGUGUGUCCGAACCCGCAGAGACCAUCUCCAGAGUGGGCUGCUCCUGCAUCAGGUAUGUCUUGGUCACCGUGGGUCCGGUGUUCACAGAGGAGAUGUGGAGGUUAGCCUGCUGUGCUCUGCAGGACGCUUUCUCUGCUACGUUAGAGCCUGUCAAGAACCUUCUAGCGUGCUUUCAUAGUGGGUCAGACAGUUUCUCUGGAGAUGCCUGUGAGGUUAAGGUAGCAGCUCCUACCCACUCUCCUUCUGCUGAGGCUGAGUACUGGAGGAUCAAGGCGAUGGCUCAACAGGUCUUUAUGUUGGACACUCAGUGCUCCCCAAAGACUCCCAACAACAAGGAAGGCUUCGAGCAUGCUCAGUCCUGCGUUCUCAUUAUCGAGCUGCCUGCUGACGCACAGUCCAACGGACACACUCAGAAAAGCAUCCCAUUCAGGACCAUUGUGGUGAGCCUGCUGUCCCACCAGGUCCUGCUCCAGAACCUCUACGACAUCCUGCUGGAGGAGUUUGUCAAGCAACCUGAAGGUCAAGAAAAGGUCACACCCGUGACCUCCGACCCCAGCAGAGCCUCAGCGGGGUUCCUACGUUACAUCUCCAUGACUAAUUUAGCCAUAAUCCUGGAUCUGCUGCUCGACUCUUACAGGACAGCUCGGGAUUUUGACACUCGGCCGGGUCUGAAGUACCUGCUGAUGAAGGUGUCGGGUGUUUGUGGAGCGGCGAACCUUUACCGUCAGUCUGCCAUGAGCUUUAACCUUUACUUCCAGGCAUUACUGUGCGCCACGCUGAGCCAAGCUGACGGCAUGACCGCUCAGCAGGUGAAGAGGAUCCUGUAUGAGGAAGAAGAGGGGAGUUCUGACUCCUCUCAUCCUGGCUCUGCCUCCUCAGAGGAUGAAGACAUCUUUGAAGAAACAGCACAGGUCAGCCCCCCUCGUGGCCGUGAUAAACGUCAUCACUGGCGAGCUCCCAUUCCGUCUCUCAGCGUGCAGCCUCUGGGAAGCGCAGACUGGGCCUGGCUGGUCAAACGCCUCUACAAGCUGUGCAUGGAUCUGUGCAACAGCUACAUCCAAAUGCACCGGGACCUGGAGAGCACACUGGAGGAGACGGCGCUGCUGAGAGGAGGAGUCGGGGGAGGAGGCGAUCACGUCUUCUUCCUGCCUCUCUUUCAGUCCGAGACUUCAACCCCGACGUCGGUGAGCGGGCUUUCAGCAAGGGGGACGCCGUCAGAGGAAGGCGGGUACAGAUGUCAGACAGCAGACAUGAGUUCGGCAUCACCAGGAGACACGCCCACACCCAGCCCCGGAUUCAGUUGCACAGGCAGUCUGCCCCACCACUUCAGGAGUGGAGGUGAGAGGAGAGAUUCAGGCAUCACAGGAUGCUCUGUAGGAGGAGCUCUUGGCUGCUCUGGACCGAGCAGGAGAAAGGAAUGGUGGGAAAAUGCGGGGAACAAACUGUACACCAUCGCCACAGACAAAACUAUAAGCAAGCUGAUGAUGGAGUACAAGCGCAGGAAGCAGCAGCAGCCGCAGCAGCAGCCGCAGCAGAGUCACGUUAACCUGUUCAUGAAGGAGCAAGGCCGAGCUGCCGCCGCAGGAGGAGGGGUCGGGGAGAGGAGGGUCCCCGUGGAGCCGCAUAGACCCCCACAGAGGCCUCAGCAUCUGGUAGACCAGCAGUGUCCCCCUUUGAGGCACUCGGUUAGCGCAGGACCUGAAGUCCUGAGGCAGGAGAAGAGACCCCGAUCAGGAUCCACAAUCAGCUCCCACAGCAUCUCGCUGAGAGACUCCGAGGCUCAGAUACAGGCGUGGACCAACAUGGUCUUGACCCUCCUGAAUCAAGUCCUCCUCCUGUCAGACGUCUCUUUCAUGGCGCUCCAGCCGGCGCUGUACCCCUGCCUCAGCCAGCUCACCUGCCACGUGACCGAUGCCCGAGUCCGCCAGGCGCUGCGUGAGUGGCUGGGCCGUGUUGGCAGACUCUAUGACAUCAUUCUGUGACGUUGCAGCAAACAAAUGCAAAAGCAAAAGCACACGGAGUGCUGUCAGUUUUUGGGUGAACGAUGAAAAACAGAUGAAAAGGAUGAUGUCAUUGGUUACAGGUCGCUAUGCAGUAGACCGAUUUAGUGUUUGAUCGCUGGAGUUUAACGGACCUGGGGCACGUUGAGGAGUUUUCAAAAGGCAUGACUUUGACGACUAUCAUGUGACAGCAGGUUUACGGAUUUGAUUGGCAGAUGAGAGUAAACGUGCCAUUUCUGAAUGUGUUUCUUCAGUUGAAGUUGUUCAUGUCCCAACAACACACAACCAAAGACUGAACACACACACACACACACACACACACACACACACACACACACACACACACACACACACACACACACACAGAAACACAGAAACACAGAAUAGGCUUUUCUCGUUUCUCCUUAUGCUGCCUCCUUGUCUCCUCUCUCUUCAAUUAUCCUUGUAACUGAUUAAGCCUCAUCUCAAAGGAUGACCUGAUGCCUAAGUUGUAUCAAGACGCUCGCUUCAGUAGCUGUGAGCAGAGAUGCACAGGUGUGUCCUUAGGGAAAGUCUUUACAGCGCCAUCAUGAGUAAAAGAGGCUUUACCUUGAGCUUAUACAAAUAAUCUGCAUACUCAUAAUAAUAAGUUGAUACUUUUGUGCUGUCCUUACAUAGAUGAUAAAAUACAUCAGAACAAACAACAGGCUGAAACAACACAUGGGGCCAAAGAUAUAGCUGUGCCAUAAAGCAUACUUCAUUACCACCGCCUUAAGAUGACAAUCUGACGCACUGAUGUCCUCGUUUAUUCUCAUGCAGUUUGCCUCCCCUCCUCACUCCUUAUAUAUCUUCUACACAUUAGGAGAGGAGGGGAGGAAAGGAAAUGAGGAUGUAAAAACUGAGAAAUGAGAAGAGGUUGUUGUUUCAAAGCUUUUGUACAUGAUUUGCUUCUUCCCCCUUGAAAAACUGCUACAGACUGUCAGCCUGAAUGUGCACAUGUUUACACAUGAAAAGGAGCGACAAACAAAACAGAAACGUGCUCUUUAAAAACAUUUCUCCGUACGAUUGCAAGUUGCUCAAUGUAAUACCUUCAAGGAAGAUUAGAUUCAUUUAUUUAUUUGAUCUUAUAUUUUCAUGCACAUUGUGGACAUUUCUUUUGUUAUGAUUAGGAUGCUGAAUUAUCCUCCUCACAUCCUUUACAACAAAUCCAAAGAGGAAAGAAAACAUAUCCUGCCCCACAAUCUUUGACCGACAGUUGAUUUCUAAGAAAUGUGACGCAAGGACACGGCAGUGACAGAUCACAGUUUAAAAAAAAAAAAAAAAAAAGAAAUCAAGCUUAAACCAGGUCACAGUGUUCUCUGUGCAAAUGAACUGCUGUUAUAUUUAUUUAGUGUAUUUAUUUGUCUGCAGACAGUGAAGCUAAGUUUCACCAAGUGGGAAGUUGCUUUGCAAUUUAAUUUUCUGAUUUAUUUUGUUUUUGUUGCUGUUUGUUGAGUCUUUGUUGGUAAUAUGCAUUAUCAACGUGCUGCUUGAAAUACAGUGCAGUCUCAGACACAUAUUCACCUUUAACUGAAUGUCUUUGUUUAUUGCCUGACCUCUGAACAGAGGGUUAUAGGAUUUAUUUAAGCCGAAUGUGACAUACAUUAUAUGCAUUUAAAAUGUAUUUAAUUUCUUAUGUGUGUAAAUAUAUUGAAUUUAUUUAUUAAGAGUUAAUUUCAGAGUUGCUUUCCAUAUUUGAUCACUUGAUGCAUUAUGUGCUUAAACUCUCUGAUAUUAUUCCAUGUUUUU